AUGUUACACUCAUCGUUAAGUGAAGGAAUAUCCCGUGGUUACGUUCGUCCUUUGUCACGAGUGAAAUAUGGUCCUUCUGAAGUUUCCCGCGCCUUUCGGUUGCUGGCGACCAGACAGCACCGUGGACGGAUCCUCUUGAAGCUCGAUGAAUUUCCACCCUCGAACAAACUCAGGGUUCAGUGCAAGCCGGACGCUUGUUAUGUGUUGUUUUGUGGACAAGAUAUUUUUGGAGUGCAACUUGCGAGUAGACUGAUCGACCGUGGAGCAAGAAAUUUGUAUUUACAUUAUAACACUCCACCUGGGUACCUUUCUUAUAAAAUGCAAGAAUGGAAAAAAUUGGGCGUCAAAGUGCAAAUGUCAUCUGAGAAGAUCAAUAGUCAGGCUAAAGUUCAUAAACUGAUAAAUGACGCCGCAUGUUUGGGCUGCGUCGACGGUAUCAUCGUUGACGCGACGAAUGCAUGUGGAAGUGAAACUGAAGAAAUUCGAUCUACUAUUCAUAACUUGGAUAUUGUAUCAAGAAAAUUAUUCCAAUCUCUCAGAUAUUUUACUUUAGUCACUGAUGACAAUUCGUUAGGAUUAGGAAUAUGUUUAACGCGACAAAAUGAUGGAUACCCAGUAACAGUGGUUAAUAUCGGCCAUUUGAAAGAGGUACAUUUAUCAGUUACUUGUGUGUUGUUUAUUUCUUAUUGUUUGUUUUUCUUCUAUUUUAUAUUUAUUAAAUAUUCACACUUGGUCUGGUCAUAA